UAUUCUUAGCGUCUGUCUCAGCUCGCCCUCCUCUCUGUCCGUCUGUUCCUCACUUUUUGUGUUUGUCUGCUUCAGCUGUCGUGUUCGCUUACUUUCCGUGUUUGCCUUUUACUUUUUCUCUAUUCUCCCUAAGAUAUUCUUUCUUCUUUUGUCACUUUCGUGGUGAAGCUUCGGCAUCGUGUCUUCCUUUCACUUCUGGUUACAGCUGACAACACUGCGGGCUAUUUUUUUACUUUUUCACAACUCCUCGUCCUCCAGUUUGUUCCCGUGCUGCUACUUGACUAUUUAUCGCGCUGACCUUGGCGCUUUUCCUCUCCACAUCUCAUCGCCUUUUGUUCCUGCCGCUACCUCACCUGCAUCUCGCCUUCACCUCUCGUGCAGCAUCCCUCCAUCCGCCGCUCUUCCACUCAGGCUCGUCUUUUCUCUGAGAAGAUCUGCACUGCUGUGCAAUGGGAAAGACAGAGCUGCAUUCUCUGUUUAAGGGUUUUCUGGACCGUAUUUGCCUCUGCCUUUCUAGAAGAAGCGACCGGGCUGCAAAUGACAGUGAGAGGGACUCUGAAAAUGGUCACCUGGUCUACAAAAGUGGUGACGUCUUUGAAGACAGAUAUGAGAUAGUCGACACUUUAGGUGAGGGGACCUUUGGGAAAGUGGUUCAGUGUGUGGACCACAGCAGAGGAGGAAAUCAAAUUGCAUUGAAGAUCAUUAAGAACCAGGACAAAUACAGAGAAGCAGCCAAAUUGGAAAUCAACGUCCUGGAGAAGAUCAGUGAGAAGGAUCCGCACAACAAACAUAACUGCGUGCAGAUGCUCAACUGGUUUAACUACUACGGCCACGUGUGCAUCUCCUUUGAGCUGCUGUCUCUCAGCACAUUUGACUUCUUGAAAUCAAACAACUUCCUGCCGUAUCCAAUUAACCAGAUCCGACACAUGGCCCAGCAGAUCUGCCACGCUGUCAGCUUUCUCCAUGACAACAACCUGACUCACACUGACCUGAAGCCUGAGAACAUCCUCUUUGUCAACUCGGACUACUCCCUCAUAUACAACGCCGAGAAGAAGUGCAAUGAAAGGCGGGUAAACGACACCACGGUGCGGCUCGUCGACUUCGGCAGCGCCACCUUUGACCACGAACACCACUCUGUCAUCAUCUCUACUCGUCACUACCGAGCCCCAGAGGUCAUACUUGAGUUGGGUUGGAGUCAACCGUGUGAUGUGUGGAGUAUCGGCUGCAUCCUGUUUGAAUACUACAAAGGGUUCACACUCUUCCAGACUCAUGACAACAAGGAGCAUCUUGCUAUGAUAGAGAGAGUACAGGGACCGAUUCCUCAGAGGAUGAUUCAGAGGAGCAGAAAGCAGAAGUAUUUCCACCGUGGACAUCUAGACUGGAACGAGUGCUCCAAAGCCGGACGCUACGUCAAAUCCAAAUGCAAGCCGUUAAGGGAAUACUUGUUAUCACACGGGAGAGAACACCACCAUUUUUUCGAUCUCCUAGAGAGGAUGCUGGAGUACGAGCCCUCAAAGCGUAUUUCUCUUUCCUCUGCUCUGUGCCAUCCUUUCUUCCAGCCCCUCCAUCAUCCAGGAAGAAGUCAGGGGUGGAGGAACAGCUGUGACAUGAGCAGAUGACCUUUGGUAGACACUUAACCAUAUGUGGACCAUAUGGUGAGGGUGUUUGCAAGUUUAUUUGUAAUUUAAGCUUUAAAAAUAAGAGGUUUAAGUUAUUUGAGUUAAACACUGAAAUGACAGCUAACAGUGAAAGAGAAAGUCUGAAAGCAUCAUUGUAAGCAGCUUCUCAGAUAAAAGAAGUUUGAACAGUUACAGCUGAUUGAGCUGGAAGAGAGAAAGGAGAAGCAUCAUCCUUUCAAGUAGGGAAAAAAAUUAAUUUAGCAGACACGUUUGUCUAAAGGUGCUGGCAAUUUUUUUCUGAGCAUAUUAUUUUUAUCUUUGUUUGCUUUUCUAUGUUUCUGUUAAAAUUGUCUUAAAAUUGUUUACAAGCUUGUUAAGUAUGGAAAGACUUGACAAAUGCAACCUACGUGACGUUAUAAAAAUCCAACAGUCUCAGCCUUAAUGUAUCCCCAAGAACAGAAGCAUUUUUUGAGGUAAUCAGUCUCUAGAUAUUAUUUAGAAUAAAUGUGAUUUUUUUCAAGUGUAAUUUUCUAGUUUGUAGUUUUAAUUAUAUAAAACAUUAAAAAAAAAAAAGAAUUAUAUAUAACAUUAAAAAAAGGAAACAAUUGAAAAAUAUAAAAGUUAUUUGCUUUUACUUUUUUAUGCUGUACUUUUUAUAUUGGAGGAAAAAAGAUGAAGAAAUGGCGCAGGUGCCAAACGUUAAACUACUAAUGGAGAACUGACCUUAACAAGCAAAUCAACUGAAGGAAAUAUUACAUCUUAGGCUUGUGUGAUGAUCAGAAUUAUGAUUAGGGUGACCAGAUGCCGUGUCUGAAAGUUUCAUACCCAACUUAAAAAAUAUAUACAAUAAAUCAGACAUGAGUCUAGCACGUAAAGGCCAACUAACUUAACCUGUUAUGCAGUAGUCCUUAUUUAACCUUGUAUUCACGAUUCAUGUUCUUAUAUUAGCUAUAUCUAAAAAGAAUUAAGAUUUUUCUAGUUAAUUAUAACACAUAUGCACUGUGUCACUUCGUGCCAUAUUUCCCCAUCUGUGAAAUUGAAGUAUAAUUUUAUCUAAAUUAUCUGCCAAAUCAUUUUCUUUGUGGUAGGUUCCAUCAGAUUAAACAAGCUGCUAACUUUUUGGUGACUUCUUGCUCUGAUGGGACAGAAUAAAGAACCUUCCCUGCGAAAAACAAAACAGAAAAAACAAAACAGAGUUUAGGAAAGUGCAGUGUGAAUGUGGGACUUCUGUAUGUGGGAGAUGUCAUAAAACUGCUGCGGAGUCCCACAAAAAAAAGGGACAUCUGGUCACCCUAGCAAAAACACUGAAGUUUGGAAACAGGUGAUCUACUAAUGGUUAUAACAAACACAACAGACGUUGUCUUCAUGCUAAUAAAAGAAACAUGUUCUAAAAUUGGACAUUUUAAAGGGAAAAAAUAAAAUGUAUUCAGAUAUGUGUCUAACAUUUGGAGGACAUGUUGUAUUUAAAAGCUGAAGAUGUAUGAUCCUUUCAGUUUUGUGCUUGCAGUCACUUUAUGGCAAUUUGGAUGUUUUCUGUAAUAAAUUUUGCAUAAAAUAGCACCUGCAGUCAUUGAAUUAAUUCAGUUUUUCAUGUUUUACUUGCAA